GCGCCGGGCCCGACCACCUAAACGCCGCCGCAGCAUCGACACGAACAACCGCCGCCGUAACACCGCGCGAUAAUAUUGUCGUCGCGUGUUUUCGUCUCUAUCGUUCGUCGCGAUAUUUCCGUCGCCGCCCGCCGAAGUGCAGUGUACACGCCACACACACGCGCGCGCACACCACCUCUGUCGCAGCAGCAUCAGCCGACACGGUGCUACGUGUGCAGCACGCGGGAACCAUGUCCGAAACGGAUUGGACGCUGCACGCGCUCAAGUCCAUGCCCGGUAGCCCAACUAACGUGCAAUGGGCCCCGGACCAAGACGUGACGGGCGUGAUCGCCAAGCUCGAGGGUCGCGAGCUCGAGUACCUGAUCCGGCAGAAGCGCAUCGUCAUCGGCCGGAAUAGCUCCAAAGGCCAGGUAGACGUCAACAUGGGCCAUUCGAGUUUCAUAUCGCGGCGUCACCUGGACGUGCUGUACGAACACCCAAACUUUUAUCUGACGUGCCACGGCAAGAACGGCGUGUUCGUGGAUGGCGUGUUCCAGCGGAAAGGCGCCCCAGCGCUACAGCUGCCCAGGAGGUGUUUAAUGCGAUUUCCUAGUACAACAAUUCGGCUAGUGUUUUAUUCAUUGAUAGAUGAAAUGGCACCACCUCCUGUACUUCAGAAUACAUUUAUUCAAACUCAAACUAGAUCAAUUGCAACACCUUCAAGAAGUUAUGCAAAUCCUCUAAGUAUAAAUAUUCCUCCUCAAGUCAUUAAACAAGAGCCUUCAACGUAUUUAUCAAAAGAAAAUAGAUUUAUGAGUCCUUUUCCAUCUCCUACUGGCACUUUAAGUGCUGCAAAUUCAUGUCCAACUAGUCCUAGAGGAGGUCACAAUCGACAUACACUUGGACCCGAUUUGCAAAUGGCAGCAUAUGCAGCUGCAGUAGCUCAUCCUGGUCAAAUAGGUGUAAUUUCUACGCCUACAUCAUCUGCUAUUUAUGUAGAAGAAAAUAAACACUUAAACAAUAUGUCUAGUCAGAAUAGCCGAGAUGAAGAAACUAGCCCAUUAGAUGCAACUGUUUUUGAUGUUAGCAUUGGUAGCGAACCAUUUGUUGGUGAUUUUUAUAGAAAUGGUACAUCAACAUCUACCGGACAAAAUUACAGUCCUCCUGAAACUGUAAUCCAAGAUAGAUCAACACCUAUAAAUAACAACAAUAGCAAUUCUAAUCCAAAAUCUAAAGAUGAGUCCAAACCACCUUAUUCAUAUGCUCAACUCAUUGUUCAAGCUGUUGCUUCAGCUUCUGAUCGUCAGCUUACUUUAAGUGGAAUUUAUUCCUAUAUUACCAAAAAUUAUCCAUAUUAUCGAUUCGUGGAUAAAGGAUGGCAAAACUCUAUUAGACACAACUUGUCAUUGAAUCGUUAUUUUAUUAAGGUUCCUCGUUCACAAGAAGAACCAGGGAAAGGAGCUUUUUGGAGAAUUGAUCCUUCAUCUGAACAAAAAUUAAUUGAGCAAGCUUUUCGGCGUAGACGUAUAAGAGGAGUGCCUAGUUUUAGGCUUCAUAAUUCAUUUGGAAUGUCUUCAAGAAGUGCUCCUCCAUCACCAAGUCAUAUUACUGGCGGUGAAUUAUCAAUUGUAGAUUCAUUAUCUAGAGAAACUUCACCAUCACCUCCAGUAUCUUCUUCAGACCAACAACAAGAUGAAGUUUGUCUGACAAAUUCUAUCUCAAACCAAAUUAAAUCACCAAAUAAAAUUUCUCAUACUAAUGGUGUUGGUGUGCUUCACUAUGUCUCAUCAACAGCUAACAAUGAAACUUUAGAAAUGCAAAGUCCUCAACAAUUAACUUUCUUAAAGUCACGACUAGUCUUGCCAGUGACAACUUAUAGUAAAUCUACAACUAGACAUAUUACAAUAGUAAACAAUGGACUUCCAACAUCUCAGUCAGGAAGCACAACUAAAACUAACUUAAACUUUAUCGCCUUUCCUCCACCAAUCAAGGAGUCUUUAUUGCCACAAGCUCCUGUUAUUGUGCAAGCUUUAGAUCAGACAUUUGACGCUUCUAAGCUGAAUCAUACAUUAAAUAUUGAUAAAGCAGUUAACCAUCAUAAACAAGUUGAAAAUAAUGAACUGCAUGAGGAUAUAUCUCAAAAUAACCCCACUCAAGGAAUAGAAAUAGAAUCUGGAGAAUUCGGAGUUCAAGAUAUUCAUGAAGAAAUUAUUGAUGAUACUCAAAAGACAACAGGAGAAAAUAUAGAACAGUCAUCUAAAAAUUUCAAACCUGAAGAAUCUUCUGAAAAUGGAAAUCAACAAGUUGUUGGCGAAGAUGUUGAAGAGGAAGAAGAAGUAGUUGAAGAUAACAAUUUUGAAGAAUCCAAAGAACCGGAUACUAAUUAUUCUAAUAAUUUUCAAGAACCACAAGCUAAGCGUGCCAAAUUAAAUUAUUAUCAACAAGAAAUAAAUGGCGUCCCUUAAAGCUACUAUGAUAUUAUACAAAUUAUCAUUGCAAAUAUAAAAAUAAUCCAAGUGAACAAGGUAGCCCUAAAUUUGACAUGUUGAUCAUCAUUAUCAUUUUAUCCUAUGUCUUAUUAUGUUCCUUGUAUAUAACCGUAAUAACAUAUCUAUUGUAAAAUAAAAUUUUAAUUCCAAUUAAUUGACAAUUUAUUUUUGGUUGAUAGGGAA